AUGGACGCUAAUCACAGUACCCCACAAGAGGAAAGCAAGACUACAGACGCUGUAGAGUUGGAAAUGAUUUUGUCACCACGUGUUGCAGAACUGAGGGAACGAAGGAAAUCCUUGAGUAAUAGCAUUCCUACGAUGAAUCGCAGCGCAUCGAAUCUUUCGUUGGCAUCUUUGAACGGUGGCAUCGACAACGACGAUGAGACUGACAAACUUUCGAGAAGUCUAAACAGAAUCCGAAUCAGAAGACCUUCCGCAUCCUUCAAGGUAGACAUGGCUGGAAUCGUGAAUAGGGAAACGAUCGAAGAAACAAAGACCAAUAGUGAAACAAUUUCCAUAACGGUAUCGGAACGAUCACAGCAGAGUCAGUCAUCGUCCACCCGCGACAACUUGUCGCUGAGGAACAUGUUCACCAAGCCCACUGGAAAAACAGUUCUAGCAGAACACCCUACUAUUGAGGAGAGCAAAGAGCAGGACUUGGACCCUCUAUCUCUGAAGAACAUGCUCAGCAAACCAAAAGGAAAGACUGUUCUUGCCAAACGUGAUAGCAACGCCGAGGAAUUAUCGUCAUCAACUCCAUCCCUGCUAGAUACGUCUGGCGAAACGGCGGCUGAUGACAUGUCGGAUCUAUCCCUCGGCUGUGAAAACUCUGCCACCACCAAAGGAGGAGAUCCCAACUCCAAUCCACUCUCGUUGAAAAGUAUGCUUUCCAAACCAUCUGGAAAGACAGUGCUUGCUAAGCACCAGACGCAAUCCACCAUGGAUGGAACUGAAAUUACGACUAUUUCUGUUGGGUCUACAGAUGAUGAAGCUGCUCCGACAAUCAAGAAGGUACAACAACCAGUAAAGAUUUCACUAUUUUAG